AUGGCUGCCACCCGCUUCAAGGUCCGCCCUACCAAGAAGGUCCUCAACAUCGCCUGCGCGCCCGAGUUCUCGGCCAUGCUGGCAUGCUUUGCGUCGACCGGCGACCUCCGCCACCAGAACGUCGGUACGGCCGGCUGCGCCGACGCCGCCAAGGCCCUGCAUGCGUGCAUGGCCAAGCCGCGUAACGUCCGUGCUGCGCGUGUACCCUCUAUCAACCACGUUCUUAGCAAAGUCAAGUAG